UGCAAAUUGUCAGUUGUCUAUGACCACAACCAUGGCGGGUUACGUAGGUGACGGUGAUUUUUCUGAAGAAAAUAUACAUAAAUUUAACAAUGAAAGAAGAAGUAGUAAGCAGUGGGUUAAACUAAAUGUUGGGGGCACCUAUUUUUUAACUACAAAAACCACGCUAUCUAGGGACCCAAAUUCAUUUCUUAAUCGAUUAGUACAAGAGGACAGUGACUUAAUUUCGGACAGAGACGAAACAGGCGCAUAUUUAAUAGAUAGGGAUCCAACUUAUUUUUCUCCAGUUCUGAAUUAUCUUCGACAUGGAAAACUCGUUAUUAAUAAUGAUAUAGCCGAGGAGGGAGUAUUGGAGGAGGCAGAAUUCUACAACAUUACCGAACUUAUCAGAUUAGUCAAAGAGAGAAUUUGUUUAAGGGAAAGAAGACCUCUCAAGGAUUCCAAAAAACAUGUGUACAGAGUCUUGCAAUUUCAUGAAGAGGAACUUACUCAAAUGGUGUCUACUAUGUCAGACGGUUGGAAGUUUGAACAGUUGAUUAACAUUGGUUCUCAGUAUAACUAUGGUAAUGAUGAACAUGCUGAAUUUCUCUGUGUUGUAAGUAGAGAAUGUGGCAGCACCCUUAAUAGUAAUGACAUAGAGCCCACUGAUCGUGCAAAAGUAUUACAACAGAAGGGCUCGAGAAUGUGAAUAAACGUAAAUUGUUACAGCUGAUGUUUUAGACUUUUUUUGUGUGGUAUGUGUAUAUACAAUUGUAGAGUGGAGUUUGUUCUUUGUUCUAUAUCUCCAAGUUGAAUGUGUUUUUUUUUUAAAUAACACACGAGUGUAGCAUGUUAGGCCAGUUAAAUGGCAAUUUGAUAUUUUAAAUUAUUUUUUAAGCCUGGAAAUUUUUUAUUAAUACUCAGGUUUUGAAUAGAAGAAGCUAGAUUUUAUUUCAAUUGUAUAUUCCAGAGUAAAUGAAAGAAUCAUAGCAAAUUGUGAUAGUGUAAAAAUUAUAGACUAAAACAUUUUGAUGUAUUUCAUUUCUAGGGAUUUUCAUAGAUGCUCUUUUUAUAACAAUAAUUUUGCAAUUUUAAUAAAUUGGCAAUACAUUAUUGAUAUCUAUUAUUAAAUAUUGAAAAUAUAUUUUAUAAGUUGAUAUAUGCAUAAACAGAGAACUAUUUAACAAAUUACCUCAUUAAAAUUAAAGAAGGUUAGUGAAA